AUGUACGAUUCGGAGAGUGACGAUGAGUUUCCCAACCUGCAGGUGGUCGCCAGGCGUGCGAGGCAGCAAAAGGCUCCCGAGAAGGCCGACGCCAGUGCGGCCGACAAGGAGAAUAAACCGGCCAGGGCAUUGAAGCCAAAAGCAGUCGCGACGGGAGCGGCCAGCGUGCCGGCUUCGCUUUCGAGCGGCACGCCACUGAGGCGUCGGAAGUUGGGCUACUCGCAGAACUUGGACGACUCCCUUUUCCAGAAGUGGAACGAAGACACAGAAACACCGAAGCCGAGAGCAUCACGUGUUCGGAGCAGGGAAGUCAGGCGAACCACUCUGGGGAUCUCACAGGGGCCAUCCGACGAAGCCGAAAGUCGUAUACUGGAGUCCGACGACGACGAAGAUGACGAUGUAUUUGUGCGAAGGAGACAACCAGCGCGGGCAUCCAUUCGGAACCCAAGAAAGGUCACUCCAGAGUUACAGCAGAAGACAGAACCUGAUAUUUCGAUAACAGAAGAAGGUGGCGAAACGACGAUAGAGGAGACCGUGGAGGUUUCUCAUCUCAUUGCAGACGACGACAAUGGCAAGGACUCCAGUAGUGAUGACACAUCUGAGUUUGUCACGGCUUUGUCUUUGGACUCAGACUCAGACUCAGACGCAGAUUUCGACUCACCUUCAGAUUUCGACCCAGUACCGAAGCCACGGAGAGCAAGGGGAAACCCCAAGAGUCAACCGCUAGGCGCCGUGCGUCUUUCUCCGCCGCAGAACUCUACAAAAAAGGAGAAGGAUACCACCAAGGCAAAACCUACGCCUGCGCCAAGCUAUCGAGCUGCUACGCCGGAACAGAUGUUGGACACGCCCCAGACACCCGAAGGCAAAUCCAGGAAAGCCGCGCUGAAAGGGGGCAGCCUUGAGGACGCGUUCGACAAGCUGCAGAUCUAUGCUGAGGAGCUGGAUGAUUCACCCGAUGCCAAACAGAAGCCCCAGCUGGAGCCCAUGACUCCCAGGAAAACACUGCAGGCGUCACCAUUAAAGGCCCCCAAAAUCCCCCCAUCGCCCUGGAAGCCUGAACAGAAGGAGUUCUGGGAUACCGAAGUCCAGAACGAAUGGUUCGACCGGCAUUCUCCCCCAAAACGAAGCCCCAGGAAACUGGUCCUGGAGGGACCGGACAAGAAGGAGAUGCUGAAGAAGAAGUACGGCACGAGCCCCGAGAAGCGCGAUGCCAAGAAGGCGUUUGAGCAGGCCAAGGAGAGCCUCGCACAGGACUUCCUGCGCGAGCUCGACGAAAGCCUCACGUCGGGCGAACUCUCUAAGCUCACAGCGCUCACGGGUGGAGUGCGUAUCGUGUGGAGCACCACACUCAAGUCCACGGCCGGCCGCGCGCACUGGAAGUGCAAAGAGGUGACGAAGACGACGCAGCAGGCCGACGGGACCCUGAAGUCGGUCAAGGAGCGUCGGCACGAGGCCAAGAUCGAGCUGGCCUCCAAGGUCCUGUCCAACGAGGACCAGCUGCUCAACACGGUGGCCCACGAGUUCUGCCAUCUGGCGGUCUACAUGGUGGACGGCAAGACCAAGGUGGCGCACGGGGCCGAGUUCAAGGCUUGGGGGCGGAGGUGCAUGAAGGCGUUCGGCGACCGGGGCAUCGAGGUGACGACCAAGCACAGCUACGAGAUCGACCACAAGUACAUGUGGCGGUGCGCCGAGUGCGCCAACGAGUACGGCCGGCACUCGCGAAGCAUCAACCCGGCCAAGCACAAGUGCGGCCGGUGCCGCGGUCUGCUGGAGCAGGUCAAGCCCGUGCCGAGGGCGGCCGGCAAGGGCAAGAGUGCGUACCAGGAGUUCGUGAGCAAGGAGAUGAAGGUAUUAAAGGCCGAGGGCAGGGCGCUGACAUUCAAGGAGAUGAUGGCGCAGGUAUCCACCAGAUGGAAAGCCCAACAGGCCGAGAAACAGGGAUCUCAGGACACCCUAAAUAAGAAGGAACUCCAAGGCCUCGAGGAUGAGUUUGAGGAGCUGGCCGUGGUGGACCUCGAAGCGGAGUUGGGCGACAGCUAA